AUGUCCACCACAACGCUCUCGCGAUGCGAAGAGGACACGCACGAACUGACCAGUCUCCCCCAAAAUGCCGACACCCAAGAACCAGACACGCAUCAAGCACCGCUCCCCCGCGCCGACGGCGGCAAAGACGCCUGGCUCGUCCUCUUCGGCUGCUUCGUGCUCGAAGCCCUAGUCUGGGGCUUGCCCAACUCCUUCGGUGUCUUCCAAGCCUACUACCGCCAACAUGAACCCUUCGCCUCCGACCCCGCUGGCAUUGCCGCCAUCUCCACUACGGCUUCGGGCCUCAUGUACAUCUCCUCUCCGCUCGUGGCGCUCUUCGUCCAACGUUUCCCGCGUUUGCGACGGCCUGCGAGCUUUGUGGGGAUUGGCGUGACGGCAGCCGCGCUCGUUGCGGCUUCAUUUGCCCAGAACACUGCGACGUUGUUGGCGACUCAAGGAGUGUUGUAUGCCGUGGGCGGGCUGACUCUUUACUUUCCUGCGAUGUACGUCAUUGAUGAGUGGUUCAUUGCGCGAAAGGGCAUUGCGUAUGGAGUCGUCUGGACGGGUACAGGAGUCUCGGGCGCCGUGUUUCCCUUCCUGCUCCAUUGGUUGUUGUCGUCAUAUGGAUUCCGCACCGCGCUGCGAGUCUGGGCAGUCCUCACAGCAACACCAGCAGCCUGGGUGAUGAAAAACCGCCUCCCAAUCACACCAACAAGCCGCCUCCGCCCCCUCGACCUCUCCUUCAUGCGCACCGCCCCCUUCUGGCUCUUCGAACUAGGCAACAUGCUCAACGGCCUUUCCUACUUCCAGCCCCUCCUGUGGCUCCCCACCUUCGCCAUCUCCCAAGGCUUCCCCGCCUUCUCCGGCCCGCUGGCCCUGUGCCUGCUCAACAUCGGCGCUUGCGCAGGGUACCUUCUGCAAGGAAUGCUCGUCGACCGCUUCCACGUUACCGUCGCCAUUUUCGUCGCGACGGUUGGGUCGUCACUUGCUUUCUUUCUCUUCUGGGGCCUCACGUCCACGCAAGCGAUGAUGUACGUCUUCGCCGUCGUCUGGGGCGUGUCUGGCGGCGGGUACGCGGCAAAUUGGAGCGGGUGCGCGAAAGCUAUGCGCAACCCUUCGACAAAUUUCGACACGGGAUUGAUCAUUUCCCUGCUAUGUACUGGGAAGGGCAUUGCGUCGCUGAUGUCCGGUCCGAUUAGUGAGAAGUUGCUGCAGGCCACGCAUUCGCAUGGUUCGGAGUUUGCGUAUGGAUCGGAGUAUGCGGGGAUCAUCAUCUUCGCUGGAGUUACUGCCCUGUUCGGCGGAACGGCAUGUAUCGGAAGGACCUUGAAACUGCUAUGA